AUGGCGCCCUCGGACGCUGCUCACACGGCAUCAGAGGCUCCGGUUCGCCCGCCAUUGACCUCGCAUCAAUCCAAUUCCCUUCCCUCCACGCCCUACCAGCAUGCGCGCAACCUCUCCUUCCACUCCCGUUCGCCCUCUCCUCGUCAUGGCAAUACCUCUCCCCGUUCGACGCACUCCGAAACUACCCACCUCCCUCCUUCGUUACGAAAACCCUUCGCCGGUUGCAAAUAUGAAACCGCCAUGGCGUUCUUCCGGAGACGCAUGCCCUAUACCAUCGGGACUGAUCUCUUGCCGGAGGAAAAGGAAGGUCUCAAGGAGAAGCUCGAACCCGAAGAGGAGCAGCGAAUCACCAACGAUGUAAUGGAGGUUUACGAUCGGUUACUUCCCUCCGCGGAGAGCGACGACCGACGCCGUCAACUCGUUCGCAAACUCGAAAAACUCUUCAAUGAUCAGUGGCCGGGCAACAACAUCAAAGUUAACGUCUUUGGUUCGUCGGGGAAUAAACUCUGUUCCAGUGACUCGGACGUGGAUAUAUGUAUAACUACGACAUAUAAAGAACUGGAGCACGUGUGUUUAUUAGCGGAAGUCCUUGCGCGACACGGCAUGGAACGUGUCGUGUGUAUAUCCCACGCCAAGGUUCCAAUCGUAAAGAUUUGGGAUCCCGAACUCCGGCUGGCGUGUGAUAUGAACGUCAAUAACACAUUAGCCCUCGAAAACACCCGCAUGGUCCGGACCUAUGUCGAGAUCGAUGAGCGUGUGCGGCCGCUGGCGAUGAUCAUCAAGUACUGGACAAAACGAAGGAUACUGAAUGAUGCUGGUCUGGGUGGCACAUUAAGUUCCUAUACAUGGAUCUGUUUGAUCGUCAAUUUUCUUCAAACUAGAGAUCCGCCAGUCCUCCCCAGUCUUCAGGCACGUCCUCACAAGAAACGCACAACCGCAGAUGGUUUAAUGUGUUCCUUUGACGACGAUCUCGAUGCGCUGGCGGAUUUUGGCAAGAAGAACAGACAAUCCCUGGGCGAGUUGCUGUUUCAAUUCUUCCGUUACUAUGCUCACGACCUUAACUACGAAAAGUAUGUCGUUUCGGUGCGGGAAGGCAAACUGGUUUCCAAAGAGGCCAAGGGCUGGCAUCUACUCCAAAAUAACCGCCUUUGCGUCGAAGAACCAUUCAACACAUCGAGAAAUCUGGGCAACACGGCCGACGACACGUCCUUUCGCGGUGUCCACACUGAAUUGCGUCGCGCGUUCAAGUUCAUUGCCGAGGGAGACCUAACCGACUGUUGUGAACAGUACGAAUACCCCCCAGAAGAGGAGCGGACAUGGGAACGGCCACCUCCGCAACCGCGACCCGUUCUCUCAGCCCCCUCCAAUUCUUCUCGCGGUGGCCGGGGUGGUGGCCGUGGGGGUCGGAAUCCAAAUCAAUACGGCCGUGGAGGCCACACGGGACGUCGAACGUCGAAUACUCCGAACAAGGCCAACAAUUUCCGCAACAAUAACGGCAUGAGCGCGUCUGAGCUCUCGCUGCAGGCCCAGCAUGCGCAGUAUCUGUUACACGACCAUCUGUACCAACAAAUCCAGAUUCUGCAAGCCCAGGAGCAAGAGCUGCGGCUCCAGCUUCAGAGUCAGGCGCUCAUUACCGGUCGUUCACCUCCCGUCGUUAUUCGUCAACCCUUUAUCCAGUUCCCGCUUCCCCAGCAACAGCAACAGCAAAAUCAGCAGCAACCACAAUCAUCACAAUCCCCGACACAACAACAGCAACAACAACCGUCGCAGCAGCAAGAGUCGUCCUCGCCACCAACAUCUUCUUCGGGUGAUGAGAAUUCUCGCUCGAGGUCAAGUACGAUCAACAAUCAGAAUGGUGCGUCGGUUCGUCCGCAAUAUGGCUACUACAACCCGGCCUAUUAUCCGGUGGCUGUCGCUGGGAUGCCGGCAACCACUACCAGCCCUCCAUCACCAUCGACCGCCGCCGCAAUGUCUGAACUCCGUCGCAAUCCUCGACGGUCAUCAGUGGCAAACGGGUCACCGGGCGCAUCGCUGCGCGCACAAUCGCAACCUGCACGCUCGAUGAACAAUACAACGUUACCGAGCUUUGCGCCCCUCUAUGCUGUAUCACAACCCAUGGAUGGGUCGCAGACGUCGAAACCGCGUCAAGGCUCAGGUGGCUCACAGGAAGGAUCUUCGUCGUCCCAAGGGGAAGAAGAGAUCAAUGCGUUUACAUCUAGCAGCUUGCCUAACGGUGUCCGAUCUACAUACUUGGACGAAAAUCGACCGACCGAGUACAUGGGAUAUUACCUCGCCACCUCGCCGCAGUUGCAGGCCUAUCAACAGGCCGGCAUGUUAUCUUCCCUACCGGCAGCCCCCGUCGGGCUUGCACUACAAAACGGCGGUUUUAUCCCCAUUGUGAAUCCACAGGAGUAUAUGGCUGCAAUGUCAGCAUCCCAGGAUGCCUUUGCAGGCUCAUCUGACACACAGUCAACAUCGACCAACAAGACAGUGACACCGCAGGCGCCGUCAUCGCAACGGUCGACGCCUCGAGCUGCGACGUCUGCAGAUCGCGGGCCACUAAUUGUGGAUGGGUCCGUGCCUCCUAGCGAACCUCGUCCUGUGUAUCCGAUUGAACACAUAGAUUCAUACGCUUCGUCGAGUCAGUAUAACUCGAAUUCGGACGAUCCUAACACCGACACUCCGGCUAGUGCCUCGGAUACCUUUUCUCAGGAUUAUCAGGACAACAGCUCUGUCGAUAUCGACCAUACCUCAUCCUGGUAUUCGCGGCCGGCUGACGCCCCAAAGCCCGCCCAAUCCGGCGAGCCUCUGGUAAACGGUCAUAGCAACGGGAAGCCGGGAUUGCUUUCAACCAGACUACAAAACCUUCACCAUUCAAACACGGAGAAGGUGGCGGAGCCCCCGUUGAAAUCGGGAAAGACUCAUCAUCCGGCCGCCAAGGACACGCUCAAUCAUCGCCAAUCUGCGUCGACGGAGAAAGGGCAGUCAGCGUCUGGUUCUGCAACGACAGGAACCGAGUCAACAUCAACAUCCCAUCACAAACGUCGACCCAACGGUGUCGAUGCGUCUGAAAAGGUCCACGGAGUCAAUCACAAGUCAAAACCUAAGGGCCGGCACGAUGCAUCUCAUCAUCACUCGUCCGCGGACAAAGAACGACAUCACGACCAUCAUGCAUCCCGCAAGAUGAAUGGGGUGAACACGACUCAUGACUCUAAUCACGGCAAUGGUGGCUGGCAGACCAACAAAAAGAAGAAACAGAAGAACGCCAGGUCAAACGCGGCCAGUGCUCAUCACCACGGCGGAGAACCACUCCCGGCUGACGAAUCGAUGCGGAAAGGUGGUUAA